AUGUCAGACGUGAACGGUACUCUGACGCUGGUGCCGCCUCCACCUGGCUAUGUCGUCGAUUUUGAGAACCCUCAGCGUCAACUUCAGACGCAAGUCUACACCGUCAUUGUUGUCGAAAAUCUACUGGCGCUCGCAUUUUUACUACAACGCAUGUAUACACGGAUUCAUCUGAUGAAGCUGUUCCAGAUUGAAGAUGGGGCUGUGCUCGGAGCAUGGAUUUUCUCCAUCGGUACGCAAGCAGUCCUCUUGGUAGGUUGGUUGCGGGGAGUCAUGGGUGUCCAUGCAUGGGAAAUAUCACUGGACGACUAUGGCCUUUACUCUCGACUGAUUCUCGCUGCGCCGCUCAUAUACGCACUUUGCACGGCUUGCGCCAAAUCUGCACUGUGCCUGUUCUACGGUCGACUUAGCCCCAGUGUAGUUUUCCAAAUUGCUGUCAAAGCCACUCUGGUCCUCAUCAUAGGAGCUUACACUGGCAUCUUCUUCAGCCUCCUGUUCGCGUGUCGGCCCAUCGCUGCGAGCUGGGAUCCUCUACUUGCACCCAUCGCGCAGUGUGUCAACGUAGGUGCAAUUUACAUCAGCACAGCGGUCAUCGGUAUUGCGACUGAUAUCAUAUUACUGGGUUUGCCUAUUCCGAUGAUCUGGAAACUUCAAAUGCCGCUGAAGCAGAAGAUCGGUCUUACGGGCAUGUUCAUCAUUGGAUCCAUAACCAUUGUGACGUCGAUCAUACGUCUUAUUGUGCUUCUGCCUUCAUUGACGUCUGUGGAUCAAACUUGGCUUAUCGGCGAGGGGACACUAUGGAUAUUCAUUGAGUCAAACUUGCUUGUGAUUUGCUGUUGUCUGCCGACGCUGCGUCGCUUUUUCAGACAUGUCGCGCCACGAUUGAUUGGCGAGUACGGCAGUGACCCGUCUCGCGAUCGCGACGAAAGCGACGGCCCUAAAAUUCGCACUUGGGGAAGCCUGACAACAAGACCCAAGCGACAAUUCGACACUCUCAUGAAUACGGUUGACGACCCAGAAGACGUAGGCGACAUUCCAUUAGAGCUACAGGGUGACCGGAAGAAGCUCGGCCAACGCGAGUCAAAAGUCGAGGUUGGAGCUGUGAAGGGCGAUGAUGACAGUGAAGAAGCAAUCCUAUUCGAGCGAUCUGUACAUGUCACAUACGAAACCGCCCGAUCUCCACAUAACAGUAGUUGAGGUAGGGGAGAUGACUUUAAUUAAUUAACACGUUGUAGAAAGCCCUGUGGAACCAGAGUCUUGAUGGGCGAACUGAUAGCUAGCACAUACAAAUAACGGGACGAGAUUCAAUGCAGAUCUAUG